ACAUCCGGCGUAUUCUCGUCCAUUAGCCUACGGUACCCACAGUUAGCUUCGCCAUAUAUAUUCGAUAUUUGUGAAUUAAGGACUCCCUUAGUCGAUUGACCGUUAAACUAAAUGCUAUACUUCAGCCUUUCUUUUGGAAACCGGUUACGUCGAAAAACGGCAUCGCAACUUCUAAUCGGACCUUACCGUAGUGAACCAGCUAACGUUUGUUAGCCUAUGCGCUAGCUAAUGUGGCUAAUGUUAAAUAGAACAUAACCACCACACUCUGCAUAUGGUGCCAGGCUGUGGGAAGCGGUCUCAGAACUGUGCGUUGUUUGUGCCAGGGCACUGGCCCCAUCUCCACCACUUCAAGCAAAUCCCUUCUGUUUCAACAUCUGAAGCCGCGAUCCUCCUAAACCAUGACCUCUCAAGUUGAUCUCGAUAUGGUGAACCUUCGCCUCAUCCUUGUGAGUGGGAAGACGGAAGACUUCACUUUCUCGCCGAACGACUCAGCCACAGACAUUGCCAAGCAUGUGUUUGACAACUGGCCUGCCGGCUGGGAGGAGGAGCAGGUGAGCAGCCCCAGCAUCCUGCGCCUCAUCUUCCAAGGAAGGUUUCUCCAUGGCAACGUGACUCUUGGAGCUCUGAAGCUACCCCCAGGACGAACAACUGUCAUGCACUUGGUUGCUAGGGAAACUCUUCCGGAACCCAACUCCCAUGGUCAAAGGAACCGGGAGAAAACCACUGAGAGCAACUGCUGUCUCCUCCUGUAAGCGGAGCAGAGGGCGCCCUGUCCUACCUGGUCUCCCCCCUCCCCCUCACUUCUCUUCCUCUGCCCGUCUUCCUGUCAGCCAUGGUGGAUCGGGGAUGAUCACAGGAAGUCGCGUUGAGGAAUGUCAGUGACUCCUCAUCUGAUACCUUCAAUUUUCCUUCUCCUUUAUUUUUUUCCUCUUCAGUGCCAAUAUGCCCUCCCAAAACCCUUCCAAACUCCAACUGAAACAUUUACUGUUUCAAACUCUUGCUCUUUUCGUUCUUGAAGAAGUAUGAUACAGAAAAUGCAAAUCUUAAACUCGGCCAUCUCUACGAUUAAACUGAAAAUGCAAGCUCGUAGAUGGCCAUUAGAAUGUGUGGAAGGGGUCGGUAGCUAACUGACGAGUUAACUUCAACAUAGAUGUAUAACUCAUCAUUUAAAUUUUUUUUUUGUGAAAUAGAAUGAAAUUUACAAAGCAAAUCCAUUUAAAAAAAAAAUAAUAAAAAAGUUGAAAAGAAUUAUUUAUGGGGAUGGAAAAAACAGAUGAGUUUAGGGUUCACUCCCCGUUCGUUGUUUUAGCUCGAAAUAUUCCAACAUGAGGACUGUUGGACCUGGCCUGGACAUGUUCUGUGGUGCCUGUGUAACCCAGUCACAUUGACUCAAACAGACUCUGCAGCGCUCUGCCCUGCUCUGCGAUGGGAGCAGGAGUUGCGUUCAGGAUGAAUGGACUAAUCCCUCAAUACUCGUUGGAUGCGGUUUCUUCUUUUUCUUCUUUGGGUCUUACAGCAUGGUGUUAAACUUCUCAUUGUACUUAACUGAGUUACUCUGAAGUGUGUGAUGUAUUUUUUUUUUUCUUUCUGUAUAGUCGUCAUCUGAUUUUCUCCUGUGCGCCAUCAUUAAUCCAUUUUUAGAAUAUGUGCCAUUCUUAUCUAUAGACCCAGCCGGCGUCCACCAUGAUGAAAUUGUGUCAUUAUUUUCUCCACAUCACAAGUGGUGUGUCUUUAUCCGAUUCAUCACCUUAAACUGGCACCUGGCAGUUGACCGAUGGAAAACUAACUCAACGUUUAUGAGGACCUCCAUUCAAAUGGACCUGUUCCAUAUGAACAUUGAUGAGCUCCAGGAAAAGGGACCUGGACACUUUCAGGAGAACUGGAAUGGAGACAAAGCUGUUGCUCCCGGGUUGAAGGAAAUAGAGUUGCAAUUCAGAUUUCCUUCCCUUUGUUGUAUUGCCUGUGAGUGAUGCAUGUUGGGGACCCCCUCCCCCCCACACUUUAGAGAAGAGUAGACGUCAGCUUUCAAGAGUAUUGCAAUGCCUAGCCAGGAAGCUCUUAUAAGGGUAGGGUGGCGGGCAGAUUAAUGAGGACUUUGCCUUUUUGGUAUUUCGGACAUGGCCUAGGCUUGUUGAAAGGCCUUGUUUGUUGUUUAUUUGUGCCAUCAUGCGAAGUGGUUUGCACUCACCUUGACUGUACAGACCAGACUGUGCUAGUCUGCCAAGCUGCAGCCAUUCAAACAUGCUGUUGACGCCAAUGCACCAGCCUUCCUUUUAAUGGAUGUGCUCAUUGCAGUUGCAAAAAAAAUUCUGGUUAAUUGGUGGUCUAUGGGUAAAGAAACAACCUCUAAACUGUCAAGUGUUUUCCAUAUUCGGUAAGAGCCCCAAGAGAUGCAUUUCCUCUAUUGCAAAAUGGUUAAUGGUUAAAAAAAAGUACAACAAAUAUGAGAGGUUUAACACCUUUCACCAUUCUUUUCUAGAACUGUUCAGUAGCGUCUGAAGCGAGGAACAUGUUACUGCAGGCUAGAAAUGUCCUCUGCCCAGCAGUUGGACACACCCCAAAUUAGCCUUCACAUGAUUUACUCCAUUUGCUAAAUUCCCCCCCAAGAAAUCCCUCGUUCCCAGUAUUCAUUUUGAUUCACAUUUCCCGAGGUGACAUAAAUUGUAGGCCUCUCCUUCAAAACGUCCCAUUUAGAAACCGAAGUUUGACGUCACAGGCGCUACGUCCAAGAUUGAGUGCAGUCUUUGGUCCUCUGUCGUUUCUGCUCGGCAGGAGACCGUCCCUCGCCCCCCCCCCCCUGUCCAGAGGGAGGCUCGAAGGAGCCUGAUUGACGGUCCAGUUUAGCGCAGUGAAAAGUGUGACGAUGACGUUAUGUAGUAUGAGGCCCUCUGCUGGACACUUGAGACGGGAUCCCUCCCACUCAUAGGAAAGAAGGACGACAUUUUCGUGGUGUUUCGCCUUCUUGAUUUGGAUACCGUCUUUAUAUAUUGUUUGCCUUUUAUCGUGGAAUACAGUAAUGUCAUUAAUAUUGAAAUUUUAAAAUAUAAAUUUGUAUCUGGUCUAUAGGUGAAUAUAUAUAUUUGUUUGUGUGCGUGUGUGAGCGUGUGCGCCUGCUUAUACAUGUAUGUGUUUGUGUACAUGUGGGUAGGUGGGUGCAUGUAUUACAGAAGGAUAUGGGAGUUCGUCUUAGAGGCAGUACACGGGGAGUAGGCCUACAGACGUGAGUCCAUGACGUUUGAUUCCUUCCAUCGAGUGUGUUUUGGUUUGUGUAAAUGUCAACCAAUGUUACUGCUAUGAAAUUUAGCUCAAUAUAAAUACAUGUAAAAAAAUAAACAACUUAAUGCAAUGUGGUCUGCCUAAAACCCUGUAUUAUAAACGAAUAAAUCUUUAAAUAAGGCAAUUUCCUUCUCCUUUGUAUU